AUGUUUUGGGCAAUUCUCUUAGCUAUACUUUUUGUCUAUUCGGAGGCAGCUGGGAAAUGCCCCAAAGGAUCGACCGACUAUGGAGAUCGGGGCGAAUGUUUGUAUCCGGUGAAUACAAAAACAAACUACACCGUCGCCAAGCAGAUCUGCCGAAAUUUUAACGGCCAAAUGAUCAAAAUCCAUGACAUCUAUGAGAAUGUGCUUGUCGGAUUCCAGGCUGCUCAAUCAAUUGCGGCGAAUAGUCAAUCGUACAUUGGUGUGAUAAAUUCGAACGGAACAUGGAUUUAUGAUGAUGGAACACCGCUCCUUUAUCAGAAUUGGAGAGCAGGUCAUCCACAAGCAAAUGCAAGUUGUGCCGUUGAAAGCGCUCAUGACUAUAAUUGGACAUCUAUCUCCUGUGAUGAUAUGCAUCCGUUCAUUUGUUCGAUUCCCGAUCGAAAUUGUCCAAACGGAUGGGUCGCCUACGAUGAGAUGAAACAAACAUUUACCAAAUCGCAAGCGCAAAAUGCUUGCCUGGCAAUGGAUGCUAAUCUCACCUCAGUUCUAAAUGAAUCUGAGUUCAACUUUUUGAAAGAUCAAAUUGCAACUAACUCUUCGAUUGUUAGCAGUAUCGAUGAGACAAACGAUCUAGCUCUAAUUGGACUAACCUGUGUGGAUGACAUCCGUUCAUGGCUUGAUGGAUCACAGUUUGCUUAUGACCUAACUCGAUUCGCGUGCUACUCGAGUUAUGGGAUAAUGAACGAUACGCGUUGUGAUCGGAGCUAUACGGAUUAUUGGGUCGAGGCCAAUGUAUUUUAUCGCUACAUUUGCAAGAAGAGUCUUGUUUCUGGCUUUGAUCUUCUGAAAGCACAUUUCGAA